GAUGUUCCAAACACCAUAGAGUACAUUGGUUAAAAGACGACACCAGCUGCCGCCACCGCCGGCCGACGAUCCCUGCUCCGUAAUUUCCGCAAACCAGAGCGACAUCUUGCCGCCUCUUCGUUUUCAGCUUCCAUCACCGUCUUCCACCUCACUCCACACCAGGUACCAACUCCGCCUUACCAAACUCUCCUUCCAUUUUUCCACCGAACUCUCACAUACACAAGCAGUUGAAAACGACAAUGAAACCCCUCCUCAAAAACCCCCACCUUUGUCUCCGCCGUGCAUUCACAAACCCAUUCUCUUCGACGCCACCCGCCGCUGCGGCCUCCUCCGACUAUCUACAUCUACACCAAGCAGAAACCCGAAUAAGAACCAUAUGUGAAAAACCCACUUCCCAAUUCGCCGAAGCCAUGUCGAUUUUCGACAAAAUCGUCGAUUUGAACCUAAUCCCAUGUGGGUCUACCUGCAAUCUCUUAAUCGGAGCGCUCACGAAGUCGAAGAACUACAGUUUAGCUCUCAAAGUGUAUAAUAAAAUGAUCCAUGUCGAUAUUUUGCCGAGUUUUCUAGUAUUGAGUGGUUUGAUAGAGUGUUUCGUGCAUGCACAUAAGCAUGAUUUCGCUAUUGGGGUAUUGGGUACGAUGGUGAAGCGCGGUUUUAGUGUUAAUGUAUACAAUGUGAAUGUUGUAUUGAAGGGUUUGUGUACAAAUAGUGAGGUUGAUAAAGCAAUGGAGAUUGGAAGAGUAUUGGGUAGAGGUUAUGUGGUACUCGAUGUAUGCAGUUUUAAUACACUCGUAAAUGGACUUUGCAAAGCGAAGAGAUUGGAAGAGGCUAUGGAUUUGAGAAUCGAGAUGGAGGCUGCUAAUUGCAGCCUGAAUGCGGUUACUUACAGCUGUUUAAUGGAUGGUCUAUGCAAGGAGGGUAGAAUGGAUGAAGCUAUGGGUUUGUUGGAGGAAAUGAGGAUGAAUGGAUUGGACGUUGAUGUUGUUGUGUAUGGGACGCUUAUCGGUGGUUUCAGUCGUAAAGGGGAGGUUAUUCAAGGGAAAGGUCUUUUCGAUGAGAUGGUGAGAAAAAGAAUUGCCCCCAAUGUGGUCACGUAUACUUGUCUAAUAGACGGGCUUUGUAAGAUAGGGCAUUGGAAAGAAGCUGCGUUAGUGUUUAAUAGGAUGACAGAACGUGGAAUCCUUCCCGAUAAUGUCACUUAUACAUGUCUAAUUGAUGGGCUUUUCAAAGAUGGGAGGGCCCCUAAAGCUGAGGAGUUGUUUGUUUUGAUGCGAGAAAAUGGUGAAGAGCCUAGUGUUGAAACAUACAAUGUACUGAUUAGUGGAUUGUGCAGGGAAGGAAUGGUAAAUGAUGCUUUGAAAACAUGGCAAAUGAUGAUAGAGAAGGGUAAGAUGCCUAAUUUGAUUACUUACAACAGUUUAGCUAGGGGGCUUUGUGAAAAUGGAAAGGUUGACGAGGCAGUUAUGCUUUUUGAUCGGAUGCUGAAAGACAAGACCUGUAUUAAACCUGAUAAUAGGCUGUUUACUGAGCUAAUCCAAGGGCUGUGCAAAGAAGGUCGUCUUGAUGAUGCUUUAGGAAUUCAUCACAAGCUUGUGGAGAAUGGGGGAGGUAGAGAUAUGGUUCCUUACAAUAUUUUGAUCUGUGCAUUUCUGGAGACAGGGAAUGUCAAAAAGGCAAUGGAAAUUUGGAAACAGGUGCUCCAAUUGCAAUUGGUUCCAAAUUCUUUUACUUAUAGUGUUAUCAUCAAUGGAUUCUGCAAAUUGGGUAUGGUUAAUAUUGCAAAAGGCAUUCUUUUGCGAAUGAGAGCGUCUGGUGUUAGCCCUACCUUGAUUGACUAUAAUACAUUGAUUGCGACUCUUUGCAAGGCUGGCAGUUUGGAUCAAGCAAAGAGGUUGUUUCAUGAAAUGAAGAACGCUAACUGUGAACCUGAUCUUAUCACAUUUAAUUCAAUAAUCGAUGGAACUCUCAAAGCAGGGGAUAUUCAAUCAUCGAAAGAUUUAGUCACAGACAUGGUUCAAAGGGGUCUUGUCCCCAAUACCCGGACCUUUUCCAUAUUGAUAAAUAGGCUUUGUAAACUAGGUCAAUUGGAGGAUGCUAAAAAUGUUUCUGAGGGAAUGAUUGCUAGUGGCUGUUCUCCGAAUGCCUUUGUAUAUGAUUCUCUUCUGAAGGGCUUUUAUUCGAGGGGUGAAAAGGAUGAAAUUAUUAAGUUGCUUCAUAAAAUGGCUGCCGAGGGUGUUCUUCUUGACUCAGAAAUAACUUCAACUAUCUUGAUGUGUAUUUGCUAUGUCUCUGAAGAUAUUGAUUUUAUGGAUCUUUUGCCAAGUUUUUCCCAGCAAAAUUCAGAAGUAUCAAACAUUACAUGCAAUCAAUUACUGAAGAGACUCCAAAAAUCUCACCCCAGUAUUGCUUGAUUUACUUGUAAUAUAUCAAGAAAUGGUUGCUGAUUCUUUGUUACGUGCUGCUUUCUUGGUCCUCCGGCAGAGAGAUCAACUUGGACCUUGGUUGCCAAACUAUGAAGUUUAUUCUGUACAGUCUCAACACCACAAGUGGUGCCAAGGAAGAUGGCUGUAUUCGACCACUGGUGGCAUUUUUAAAAUCGCUCCUUUGGAAGGUCUUGGUAUCUCUGCUUGCAAAGUUUGAUUGUAUCGCGCAACUACGAAGUUCAUUCUUUAAUCACUAUGUUAAAUCUUGGUGUGACUGGUUUUGGAGAUUAGCAAAACAUCGAAGUUGUUGGUCAUUAACCCAUCCUAAGGAGUUUGGCCAAGUGGUUAUGAGAAAAAGUAAGUGCUCCUCUGUAAGGUCACAUGUUUCAUUUCCACGGAGGCCAAACAUUCCAAACCUUGAGGCCACUAGAGGUUUGCCUGCUUAGUCGUUAACUUUAGGGCCCCGGAAUUAGUAAAGGAAGGAAGGUGCGGACAAGCUGACCCUAACAUCUAGUUGUAAAAAAGAAGAAGUUGGGUCAUUGGUUAGACAAGAGAGAUCAAUAAUUAUGUAGCGAAGUUAUGCUUUAGUCAAUUUCUUUUAUAUGGUAUUCGGUACAUACAGUUGGUCUGUUUCUUUGUUUGGUAGUAUUCUGUAAUCAUGAAAAUAGCUCCGUUUUUUUAAUUCAUUGAUUUAUAAAAAAAUUUGUUACCAU